GCCACGUGGGAGGUGCCAGGCUGACUUUGCUUACCAGGGGUUUCGUCUGAUAAUCUCAGCGCUCAUGUCGGGACUCGGGAGUCGGAAUUCCAGGUCGGAAAUCGGAAAUGGGGAGUGGAACCCACAGAUUGUGUACACAAUCGAAGAUAAAAGCCCACCCCAUCCCAAGAUUCAAGACAUACGAACGAGCAGACGAUAUGACAUUGUAGGUAAUCAUAUAGCUGGGUAUUCUUCUUCUACACUCAAAAAUCCCAGGGCAAAGGUGUUUGCUUGUCUGGUUUAAAUUGCAGAGAAAUGAGAGAGAGGGGGAAAAUGAUAAUGGCAGAGACAUGGGACGGGUUCGAGACCCGCUGCAAGCGGCAUCCGAAUCAGGGCACGGGGAUUUGCCCGCUGUGUUUGAAGGAGCGGCUGAAUAAGCUUUUUUGCCCUGACUGUGGCGAGCAGAGGCGCAACAAUGGUGCAUCUUCCUGUUCGUGCUCAGAGGCAUCCACUUCUUCGUCUUCCAACAAGGAGAAGAAGAGCCCCGCAGACAAUACGGGCACGGGAUCGGUCGAGGUCGGCAGCGUGGGCAGAAUUUCCUUUCUUAUAGACAGCGACAGGCCCGAGUUCGAUUCCGCUAAGCCCGAACCCGCUGCUAUUGUUCUCCUGAGGAGAAGUAAAUCCGCUGCCCCUGCGACCACCAGGACGAAAUCGGUCACGGCGCCCGCAAAAUUCGAUCCCCCGACCCCUAAGGCGGUGACUGCCAAGAAAUCCUACACAAUCUGGUCCUUUUUUCUCUUCAGGAAGAAGAGGAAAGCUCCUAAAGAUGAUUCCAAGGAAGAGGAUUCGAAAGAGGGGCCACGGAGAUCUUGCAGCUCGGAAGAUCGGAUUGUGGUGGAGCGGCUCACGAAGUCGCGAUCGGUGGGGGUAGGGCGGCGGAGCUUCUCUGGCUACGGCUACAUUUGGGAAAAGGGGGCGCACAAUGGCAAUGUGUAUUUUACGCCUUCAAGGGACAAGGAAUUGGCAGCCGAGGUCAAGGGUUCGAGUCUCGACGAUUCGCAGCAGCAACAGCAGCAGCACCGGAGGAGCGGCAAGGGCUGGGCUUGGGCGUUUUCUAGCCCCAUGCGCGCAUUCAAGCAACGCAAGCCCCCGAUUCACAAGACUGACGCUUCUCCUUCCUCCGUUAUACCUGAGAUGUGCAGAGGCUGAUUAUUAUGUGAAUUGUAUUUCAUUUGUUUACGGUUAUAGUCCACUGUACAUAUGAAGAAAAAUAGAGAAAUGUUAUAAAUUACGCUUAUGCAGGUAGUUUUACAGGGUUAUUUAUUUCUUGAUUUAUAGGCUUCCAAGGAAUGAGGCCGAACAAUCAUGGGGUUUAAGGAUAUUGCCAUGGGAGAAUUCAUGUAAGAUUUUUUUUUGUGUUGUGAAUGAAUAAUAGUAAAAAUACUAAUCUUGAGGCAA